CUCAGACUCCGCUACUACUGCUGCUGUCCCUCAACAAAGAUGGCUACUGGCCAUACCAGCUCGACAUCACGUGACACCGCAGACAUCCAGAGCGCCAUCCAGCUGUCACUGUGACCCCUCCUCCAGUCACGUGUCCUGCGGCCGUCUCCCCUUCCCUAGCCCAUCGGUUGGAGCCCGUCCCCUGCCUGGCAGUGAGUGACUGUCUCAGCCAUGAUGCAGGAAGGCCUGGAUGACGGACCCGACUUCCUGUCAGAGGAGGACAGAGCGCCACGGGCGAUUAAUGUAGAACUGCAGCCUGAUGCCACUCUGCAGGUUGAUAUAUCCGAUGCACUAAGUGAGAGAGACAAAGUGAAGUUCACUGUCCAUACAAAGAGUUCACUACCAAACUUCAAGCAGAACGAGUUUUCUGUGGUGCGACAGCAUGAGGAGUUUAUAUGGCUUCACGAUUCCUUUGUGGAAAAUGAAGAUUAUGCUGGAUAUAUUAUCCCCCCUGCACCCCCUAGGCCAGAUUUUGAUGCUUCCAGAGAGAAACUGCAAAAACUUGGUGAAGGGGAGGGGUCGAUGACCAAGGAGGAGUUUACCAAAAUGAAACAGGAGCUUGAAGCAGAGUAUCUUGCAAUUUUCAAAAAGACGGUAGCAAUGCACGAAGUCUUCCUAUGUCGUGUGGCAGCUCAUCCCAUUCUUAGAAAAGAUUUAAAUUUUCAUGUCUUUCUGGAGUACAAUCAGGAUUUAAGUGUCCGAGGGAAAAACAAGAAAGAAAAACUUGAAGACUUUUUCAAAAGUGUUGUAAAAUCAGCUGAUGGAGUCAUUGUGUCAAGCACCAAGGACGUAGAUGAUUUCUUUGACCAUGAGAGGACAUUCCUUGUGGAAUAUCACAACAGAGUGAAGGACGCCAGUGCAAAAUCGGAUAAGAUGACUAGAUCCCACAAAUGUGUUGCUGAUGACUACAAUAGAAUAGGCUCUUCAAUGUACUGCUUGGGAACACAAGACAACACUGACAUAUGCAAAUUUUUCCUGAGAGUUUCGGAAUUGUUUGAUAAAACUCGUAAAAUUGAAGCCCGGGUAUCAGCUGAUGAAGACCUGAAGCUUUCCGAUCUCCUAAAAUAUUAUUUAAGAGAAUCACAAGCUGCUAAGGAUCUCUUGUACAGAAGAUCUCGCUCUUUGGUAGAUUAUGAAAAUGCCAAUAAAGCACUAGAUAAAGCGCGGGCUAAAAACAAGGACGUGCUAUCAGCGGAAACCACUCAGCAGUUGUGCUGUCAAAAGUUUGAGAAAAUAUCCGAAUCUGCAAAACAAGAACUCAUGGACUUUAAAACAAGAAGAGUGGCUGCUUUCCGUAAAAACCUUGUAGAGCUGGCUGAACUGGAACUUAAGCACGCCAAGGGUAAUCUGCAACUGCUGCAGAGUUGCUUGGCGGUGUUAAACGGUAAACCGUAAUGCACCCCCCGUCCUCAUUUGCGAAUAAACCAGACACUCCUGACACCUCUGAGAGCUGCUCCGUUUCCAUGGAUCUGUCCAGUGGGUAUUCCCAGCUCAGUAGAGGAUGAACCCGUACACAGACAUUGGGCUACCUCCAUGUUAGAAACGGCACUGUGCUGCAAAGUCCACAUUUACCUUUAUUUAGUCAUUGUACACUUUCUAUGUCACAGAUACAAUCUCCCAAAUUUGUUUUCGUUUGGGUACAAACAAGCAAUUAAAUGCUCUUCAUGUUAUGAAUUGUAUUACAUAACAAUGCCAAUCUUAUUUACCAAUGUAUGUUAAUCUUGGAUGAUGUUCGACCAAUACCGUUCGAAUGGAUUUAACCUUGCCAUGAGUUGUUCACGUCGUAUACCAUGUCCAAGUUCCAUGUAAUGAUUGUUUUUUAAGCCUCUGUUAUCCUGAUUUACUGAACUAUAUUUUUUUUAUUAAACCUUUUUCUUAGAUAUUUCAGAGCGCUCCAAUUAUCUUUUUAAAAUUUAAGUUCAUAAUGCUAAUGCAUCAGUAUGUUUGCCUUAACUUGUAGACCUCUCAAAUAUUGUAAAAUAAACUGUGAAUCCAAUGAUUUUUAAUUUA